AUGCGUCAUUACGUUCUGUUUGAACGUGACGGCGCGAUACGGAGGAAAGGGAAACUCUGCGUGUUUCUCGUUACUUGAUGCGGUUUAUUUUUCAGAGUGAACAUAUUUAAACAAUAAAGAAAAACAAACGCGUGGUGUAAAUGUCCGAACGGAGCAGACACGGUUUUCAUCGCGAUAUUCCACGGCUGCCAUGACCUGCAAAUUAAGCAGCCUGUUCAACAGCGGCGAGGACUUUGAUGAUGAGGACUUGCUCGGGCCGGACUGGCCCGUCCCCUCAGCGUCUGGACCAGCCGACGUGGCAGCCGCCGCGUCGUCUGAUGCGCACAGAGCGCCAGAGAACACGCGCCUCCAGCGAACUGGAGAGCGACCGGGCGCCCCGUGCAGUGGCCCGGCACCAGGGAGCAGCACGCACGCCGCCGCUGGACAAACUGUUGCUUUGGGUUUGAGGCCGCUCCCGUCCUCCGCGCAGCCUCCGCACGCGCAUCCUCCCACGCGCACGGACUCUCGGCCUGUUUUGGCAUCACAACAGAGUCGUGCACGUCCACAGGCGUCGCUGGAGCCCCCCGAGGCUCCGGAUGAGUUUGAUGACUGGGAUGUUGACCUGGCAGACCUAGAUGAGUGCGAUGGCCACAUGGGGCAGGUUCAACCUCCUGCUGCUGCUCCAUCUGUGCCCACAGCCAAGUCGCUGCGGCCGCCGACCUGUGGAGCGGUUCAGGCGCGGCCCGGUCCAGCGGUGACCCAGCACACCCAUGCGCGGCAGCCUCUUGGCUCAUCCAAUCGGAACCUACCUCUUUACACCCCCCCUGCUUCUCUUGUGCGGUCUCCAGCUUCCUGCCCUCCUCAGAGCCCUGGUGUCUUUCCCGGCCUCAGAGCGUCCUCUGCCGCUCCCAGCCCCAUUUCCAGGACACAUGUCGGACCUCAGCCACUACAGAGAUCAUGCGAAACUCCAAGACCCUCUUUCCAGGCCCGCAGCCUCUUUGAAACCAUCUCACCUGCACACCCUUCCCCUCUUUCUGUGGGCUCUUCCUCUCUGAGCCCUCAUCCUCUUCACACCCCAGUUCUCACUAAUCGUCUGGUGCAGUUGGUAUCGGCCUCUAACAAGCUUCCCAAGAAGAGGCCUUGCUCUGAGCCUCACCGGCUCCGGACCCGACGCUUCCCUGGCCCUGCUGGACUCCUGCCACAGCAGCCUCAGGGUCACAGUCUGGAUGAAAUCGUGGUCUCCAAUCCUCAGACACCUGCUCAUGGUGUUGUGGCCCGUUUGCCAAGUCAGGGCUCCAGCUCACAGGCCGACGAGGACGAGUUCAGCGGCGGCGCCUGGGCAGCGAUGAAGGCGGAGACGGGCCUGGAUGAGAGGAACCCGUCGUGCUUCCUGCAUUCCUACAGCGUGGUCAUGGUGCUGCGAAAGGCUGCUCUAAAACAGCUGGCUAAAAACAAAGUGCCCAACAUGGCCGUGCUGCUGAAGAGCAUCAUUCACACGCACGCCGAUGCCAAGGCGGUAUUUAAAGAUCCAACAGGGGAGAUUCAGGGAACCGUGCACCGGCGGCUUCUGGAGGACAGAGCUGAGGAGCUGAAGGUUGGAGCCGUCCUGCUGCUUAAACAAGUGGGCGUUUUUUCCCCUUCCCAUCGUAACCACUACUUGAACGUCACGUCCAACAACCUGCUGAGGAUCUAUGACCCUGAUGGAGUCAGUCUGUCCUCCACCCAGCUCCCCCCGUUCUGCCUGGAGCCCGUGUGUUCAUCACCCACUCGCUCUGCCACCGUCCUCGCGGAGCCCGUGUCUUGGAUGCGGCUGAUGUUUGACGAGGAAGAUGACGUGGGACAAGCGGAGGCAAAAUGCACGGGAGGCGAAGACCCUCGAGCCCCAGCGGAUGCUAGACUGAAUCCACGAGAGCCUUCUGGGAACCUAGCGCCACAGAACCUGGGCUGGGAUGCAGAUGAUGAUCUUGAUGAACUUCUGGGAGAGCUCCCUGACGACACCUACAGCUUCUGAUGAUGCUCAACAGACACUUUAAUCAUUUCCCUACUGUCAAGUCUAUGUAACUGUCCAACUACUAAAGAACGUCUUCUAUAUCAGCUGUCUUUAGUAUCCAGUCCACAAGUUGUUUUCCUGUGUCAUCGCUGAUUGACGUGUUACAAGAAGCAGUCGAUCGAAGCCAAAUGGGGCUGUUCAUUCAUUACUAAGCUCCUGAACUAAGCACCUUUUUGGUUGUAGCUGUAAUGAGGCUCAAGCAGCCCCAUCACCUUCAUUUCAUUCACACACACUGUUCACUGACCUUGAAAUGCAACACUCCUCUGUGCAGCGCUGAUUUGUUAAUUAUGCAAACUGAAAGAGGGGAGACGUCCCUUUCUGCUGCAGCUUCCUGUGACUUGUGUCUGCCGACGGUAGCGGCUGAGCCGUGACCUGGGUUGUUUACUGUGUAUUAACAGGUGUAUCGGAGGUCUUGAGGCAGAGAUUGCAGGCUGCUAGUCUCCAAGUCCCAUGUGGAUGCUUGACCGAGGAGUGUUUACCCAGCCUUAUCUGCAUUAGGGUGGAGUUGGGCUGUGACUAACAGGCUCUCAUGGAGGUUUUCUCCAACAGGCUCCAGAAUCCUCCACUACCCUGCCUCAACACUAAGAGAUUCAGGUUAAUCCUCAGCCUUUUGUCAUUGCCUGUAUGAUGCAGCUGCUCAAGUCAUCAGGUUCAUGUUCAAAAGAAAGAAGCCUGGAUGAUGAAACGUGGUGCGUUUUCAGUCACACCAAUUACUUUUCCCUCUUUAUUGUUUUGCAAAAAUAAUUACUUUAUGCCACAGCCUUGUAAAUAUUUGCACGUUAACAUAUUUUCUGCCGUUGGCCUGGUUGUUCUGCACAUUGGACCUGAAAUGAUGCCGACAGCUUGAAGGCAAAGUGCUGACGUUGAACUUUGUUCUAGGUUUUGUGGGGAGACGCCGUGCAGACAUUCUGUCGUCUUUCUGCAGCUUCAAGAAGUCGGAGAAGCAUUUAAUUAGCUUAUGAGUCACCCAUUCUCAAUGCGGUAUAGAGUUUACAUUUAUCCCAGUGCCACCUGUCCAUACAGAUGGUUUUUGUUUGGAGUCUCUAAACUUCAUCAGUGGAGUUUGAAGCAUUUCCCAAAGCAUCUGAAUAAUCCAGACCAGUAACUGUGCAGCUACUUUAUGCUGCAUAUCCCUGAAAACUAUUCAGUGGAUUAUUCAGAAUAAAUAAAGACUUUGUUCUUAGGAGCAAUACAAAUUCAUUUAUGUGCAUCAUUAUGGCUCAGUAUCAUUAAAGUAGUAAAAUAUA